GCUCACUUUGACAUCGAUUGCACAGACCUUCCUCUGUGGGAGGACGUUGACGAAGUCCUCUUUGCCUUCCUCGACACCACGCCGAGUGAAAGUCUUCGACUUGCCUUUCCUGAACAGCGAGCCGGAGCAGGACCCAGCAGAAACCGGCACUAGGUCCGCGCGGCAGGCCGACGAGGACUCCGCGCGGGUGGUGGAGGUGUCCAUGCCCCUGGGCGUGGACUUCGAAGAGCGCAGCGGCGGGGACAUCUACGUCAAGGAAGUGGAGAAGUCCAGCGACGCUUGGGCUCAAGGAGUUCGCCCCGGGGCUCAAUUGGUGAUGAUCAGCGCCACCUUCGGGGAUGAGAUGUGGAACACGCAGGGCGUCGGCAUGACGCAGUUUCUCACGGUGCUCAACUCUCGCUUUGGCUCCAACAUGAAGUUGGCUUUGGCCAAGGAAGAUCAGAACGUGCUCUCCGCUUUCUUGGAUGCCUUCAAGGGCUCACCUGGCGAGAACCAGAGCCCUGAAGAGGCAGAGAAGAAGCAACAGAACCUGGAGUCCAUCUUCAACGAAGAGGAGGAGAAGCUGCAGAAUGGCGGCGGCAUGUGGAACCCGCUCGGGGACCCCAGUUCCGCUGAGACGCCGCGGCGGGUCAAAACCGUCACCGUCCGCCUUUUCGCGCGCCCAGGGGUGCAUGCGGCAUGCGGCAUGCGCGCUUUCUUUGUCUGCCUCUCCAAAGCCAAAGACAGGCCUCUCUUUCAAUUUCCGCCGCCUUCAAAAGGCAGCGUACAGAGUUUUCGCGAUCUCAGCGCCCCUUUUCGGAAAAGAGAAGAGCCGCAUGCCGAGCUCGUGCUGGACAUGGCCAUAGCAAGCUGCCAGCAGCCUUUGCAGCCUCUUGUCAUGAUGGCCACUUUGGGCCGCCUCGGGCUCUUCCUCUUCUGCACCGCAACGCCCCUGGCGGCUCGGGUCGCCGCGAAGGAAAGCCAGGCGGAGUCCUUGAAGGCUGAGAUGGAGCAGCUGCAGAGGACGCUGAUGGCCGAGAUGGUCGUGGAGCAGCUUCAAAAGAAGCUCAUGGCCGAGGUGCAGGGGCUCUUGUCGGCCCAGCAGCAAGCCCAGGCCACGGCUUUGGAAGCGCUUCGCAAGGAGAGCAAGGAGUCUGCCGAAAAGCAGCAGAGCCUUUCUCAGACGCUGCAAGAGAGCUUGCAAAAGCAGAAGGAGGAGAUCGCAAGCUCGCAGAAGUCUGUGAGUGCACUUGCGACGAAGACUGAAGAAGCUUUGGCGGCGGGCCUCAAGGCACAGGCGCAAAAGACCACCGAGGAGGCCACGGCCUUGCGGGCUGCGCUGGCGCAGUCGGAGAAGAAGGCGGAGGAAGGGCAAGCGGCGCGAGCCGCCAAGACCACGGAGGAGAUCACGUCCUUGCGGACUGCCGUGGCCGCUGCGGAGAAGAAGGCGGAGGAAGGGCAGGCAGCACAGGCGGCCUCAACCGCCAAGGAGAUCGCAGCCUUGCAGAAUUCCUUGAGCGCUUCCGUCAAGACGACGGAAGAGGGACAGGCCGCGCAAGCAGCCAAAACGGCCGAGGAGAUCACUGCCUUGCGGAAUGCUCUGACGGCCUCAGAGAAGAAAGCAGAAGAAGGUCAAGCGGCACAAGCCGCCAAGACCACAGAGGAGAUCACGACAUUGGAGACUUCCUUCAGUGCUUCGGCGAAGAAGAUGGAGGAAAGCCAGGCAGCACAAGCGGCCAAAACGACCGAGGAGAUCGCGUCCUUGCGGACUGCCCUGGCCGCCGCAGAGAAGAAGUCGGAGGAAGGGCAGGCAGCACAGGCGGCCUCAACCGCCAAGGAGAUCGCGGCCUUGCAGAAGGCGCUGACGGACUCGGAGAAGAAAGCAGAAGAAGGUCAAGCGGCACAAGCCGCCAAGACCAAUGAGGAGAUCACGACAUUGCAGAAUUCCUUCAGUGCCUCGGCGAAGAAAAUGGAGGAAAGCCAGGCAGCACAGGCGGCCAAAACGACCGAGGACAUCACAGCCUUGCAGACGUCCUUGAAUGCAUUGGGAAAGAAGACGGAGGAGAGUCAAGCGGCGCAGGCGGCGAAAGUCGCGGAGGAGCUUACGACUUUGCGAGACUCUCUGAGCGCUUCGGAGAAGAAGAUGCAGGAAGGACAGGCGGAGCAGGCGGCUAAGAGCAACGAGGAGAUCGCGGCCUUGCGAAGUGCGCUGGCUGCCUCUGAGAAGAAGCUGGAGGAAGGCCAAACAGCACAGGCGACCAAAUCCGCCGAGGAAGUCAUGGCCUUGCAAAGCUCUUUGAGUGCGUUGGAAAAGAAGGUGGAAGAAGGCCAGGCAGCACAGGCGGCUGCAAAUGCCAAAGCAACAGAGGCCCUGAACGAUUACAAGGGCAACGCCUCCAAGGCCCUCUGGCUGAUCACCAAGUCCUUGGACGCCCACAAGGAGGAGGUGGCGGGUUCCUUUGUCAGUCAUUCGGCGUCGGCGGAGAAGGCGCAGGGCUCGCUGCGAGAGGAGCUGGCCAAGGGCCUGGCCGAGUCUGCCACGGCGCUCCUGAGCACCAAGCAGCAGAUGGACGACACCUUCGUCACAGAAAGGGAGGAGCUGAAAAAAAAGCUCGAGGCGCAGCGUCAAGAGUCUGCCUUGGGACUGGAAGAGUACAAGAAGGAGGCCUCAGCCGUGAUGGCCAGCACCAGCGAGGCCUUGACGGCCCACAAGAUCUCCACGGAGAAGCAAUUGGAGGCGCAGAUGAAAGCCUUGUCAGAGCACCGCGAAGAGGCCUCCAAGCAGCUGGAGGCUUCCAGGGAGGUGUGCCAGAAGGGGACCGAAGAGGCAAAAGGAGUCCUGGAGCAGUCGAUGCUCUUGACCAAGGAAGGCUUGGAGAAGGCUUUGGGGGAGCACAAGGAGCAACAGAUGGGACAGCACAAGGAGCAGGCACAGCUGAACACACAGCUUCAGAACCGGCUCGAGGAGCAAGGAAAGGAGCAUGCGAAAAGCGUGCAAGAAAGCAUGGCCAAACAGUUGGCGGAGCUCCAAAAGAUGGAAAGCAAAUUGGAGGCCUUGCAGAAACAGGCUCAGGCAGAUAUCGAGGCUCUAAAAAAAGAGCUGGCGGCCUCCAAGUCGGAAGCGGGAAGUCUGCUAAAGACGCUGGAGGCCCAGCAGGGCGCCCAGCAGGCCUCCAACGUGGCCUUCGAGUCUUACAAGAAGGCCAGCGCCGAGCAGUUCGAGGGCUACAAAGCCCGCUCCGCGGCGGACGUGUCGAAGCUGGAGGCGAAGAUCGCGGAGCAGGAGAAGAGCUUCCAGAAAGCGCUGCAAGAGGCCGAGGCGCGGCUCGCGGCCAAGAAGUGA